AUUGUCUUCAUUGACUCGACCAAUACGUUUUCCUGUGCCGCACAAAAGCCCGAGUGCCGAAAUUUCCUGCGACCCGCCGAAGACCUCUAGGUGCGCAGGGGCAGCAGGUGCAGGUCGGAGUUCUUCUACAGACGAGAGCCGCGCUCAGGAGAGUCGAGAACCAGUGUUCGGUGUGGUACGGAGGCAGGAGCCUUGAGGAUCGUUGACUCAUUCCAUAGACCCUUCAACACCUGCGGGCCGUCCACCGUGGACCUCAGCGUCCCGCUCAAGCACGAUGGGACCGUCGCAGUCCCUACGACUAGGACUCGCCAUUGUACUCAGUCUCUCCUGCGUCUGUCUGGUCGAGUCACAAAAUGCCCAAUUCAAUCAAUACAACAAUGGACAGAAUAGCUAUCGAGGGCCCCAGGAGCUCUACUUUCCACAAGUUCCGAGCGAUUAUCAAACGUUCUUGAGAAGCCUGAUGUACCCCUACGACGACCGAGACCGGGCACCCUUCGACGCUUCGAAAGUUGAACACGAAUUGGCUUUGGGGAUACGUCUGCCUUUCUUCGGCUUCUCGUAUACGUACAUAAAAAUCCACAUGCACGGUUACGUGCACUUCGGUGGCGGCCCGAGGGAGUACCGGCUUCCCAUCGAAUUUCCCCUAAAACCGGCGGACACAGUGUACGAGAAAGACCCAGCCGUCAUCGCACCAUGGCUGACUUACCAGACUCUCCUGGGGGGAACUCCGGAGUCAGGAGUCUACACCCGUCUCGUCAUGGUCAGGGAGAGAAACGAGCUGAAAAACUGCCAGCGGACGCCUUCGGACAGAUUCGAAUGCUGGAUACAGAAGAGAGUUCACGACGACUUCAAUGGUGGCAUGAUCGGAUCUCAGGGCUUCAAACCGAAGUUCGCGCUCAUAAUCACAUGGAGGAACAUGACUGUGCCCCAAAUGGAGCGAUUCGCUCACACCCAGAAGACGAACACGUAUCAGGUCGUUCUGGCUUCCGAUGAAACCAGAACCUACGCGAUGUUCAACUACGAUCAAAUCGAAUGGAUCUCAUCCGAGGACAGGAAAGAGGGAAAGAACGGUCUGAAUCCAUUCAUCGGCUUCAAUGCUGGAAACACCACUCGAGCCUACGAAUUCUUCCCGUACUCCCAACAACCUCGAGUUUCUCAGCUGACGGAGGGCGGGGACGAGAAGAUGAAAGGCCGAUAUAUUUUCCAAAUAGACGAGGAAAUCUACACAGGAACCUGCAUUGAUUGGGCCCUGGAUCCGCAAUUGAUCAAACAGCGACCGCGUCUGUCGUUCUUUCCCAAAUUCGCCAACAUGCUUGGGGGAACGAUGAUCAACGUGACUGGGCCGUGUUUCCCAGAGAACGCGAAAAUUGAAUGUCAAUUCCAAGAUAUGAGCGGAGGACGUUUUUCCGCCAUCUACCGGGACCGGAAUCAUGUGUCGUGCUAUAUGCCACCAGUUUUCUUCCACGGCUACGUCGAUCUGACGGUCACUAUCAACAACGGCGACGCGCUUUUCUACGGACGUUUCUACAUACAGCCGCCAGAGCUGUCGCACGUGGACGUGAUCGUCCUAAAUAGCGCGGACAAGGAAGAAAAGCCGACAGAUUUUGUCAUUCAGUGGACAAGGGAGAAAUUGACCUGGAACGUCAACGACACAAGAUCGAUAUCAGUCCACCUGUGGGGCUUCCAGGACAACCAAGAGUAUCCGUCUUUGACCUACAUCACCGAGCUAGGUCGAGCGGCUUUGAAUCAGCUCACCUAUGCGCUACCGCUGCAGGAGUACGCAAACAACAACAACCAAGACCUGCUCGGUCUACAAUUUGGUUUCAUCAGCGUGAACUUCACCACGCCCACGAGAGAUUCUAACGACCAGGAAGAAAGAUCACCGGUGGUGUGGUCGCAUCCGAUGCCACUCGCGUGGUACUUCUGGCCUCAGUGGGAAUAUCAUUUCGGGACGUGGUGGAAAGACCAAUUCUGUCACGAUUGGUUCCAACAAGAACGUGAAGCCGACAAAUUCGCCAUAUCUCUUUGGAGAUGCCCCUGCACGAUGCGGCAAUCGGAAUUCGACCGCGGAAGGUACGCCCCGGACACGCAGUGUUCGGUCUACACACGAAACUGUGAUCCGUUCUAUAAGCGAGCGCUGCACUGCGUUAAAUCCGGUCGACCGAGUGUCGGAGGCUCCGGUCAGACCUGCUGCUACGACAUGGACGGGGAGCUGAUCCUCACCGCCGACACGAUGUACGGUGGGAAACCCCAUCGAUUCUUCAGCUAUGGUGUGUUGCCCUACAAUCAACGCUCGAAAGUUGCCUCGCUGGCGACAUGGUCAGCCGACAUGAUGCCAUUCUUCACCUGCUGUCAGUGGCAACAGGGAAAAGACGACUCCGCCUCGUGUCAGAAGUACAAAUGGUUCCGAACGUCACAGGACUGUUCCGCGUAUCAGCCGCCGGGCUUCGCCGCAGUCUAUGGGGACCCUCACUUCUUGACCUUUGACGGAAUGAACUACACUUUCGGAGGUCACGGAGAAUUCUCUCUCGUGAGAGCCGACAACGAAAAAGCUAAAAUCAACGUGCAAGGACGAUUCGAGAGCCGGCGAAGAGAGCAGCCCACCGAUUUGUUGGUGCAGGGCACCUAUCUGUCCGGUGUCGCAGUCCGUGACAACGUUUCUUCAACCGUUGAGCUCCACCUGAGACCACUAGCAGCUCGUCGUUUCUACCAACUCUACCUCAUUGUCGACAACGAAUACAUCUACUUCUGGGACGAAAAGAUGAAGACAUUGAAUUUCAAAGGAGUGUCGAUCUAUCAGCCGACCGGUUACUACAACAUGUCGAAAAUUGUCGCCAUGUUCGACUCCGGAGCCGGCGUCGAAGUUAGCGUCCAACACGAGCAAUUGGUUCUGAACGUCUUCUUACCAAUAGAAUUUGUCAACAUAACAACCGGACUGCUGGGUAGUUGGGACUACCUGGCAGAUAAUGAUGUAUCCGGCGAUCAGAGAGGAACCGGCGGAGGUUUUCUCACGACGGACAUCAGGCAGGUCCAAGAGUUCGGCGAAAAACAUCGGCUUAACGAGUCAGCCUCCUUAUUCAAUCAUAUGCUGUUCGGCUAUAAUUUCGGCCAUUACGACGAUCCGCAAUUCAAAUCAUACAACCCGCCGGGAAGAGAGAUAGAAGCGCCCUGGAAUGCAACGUUCAGGAAUCGAGACCUAUCCGAGACGUGUGCGACAUCGAGAGCUUGCCGCUACGAUUACGUUGUGACUGGCAGUAGACCUUUCGCGGCAACGACGAAAGCAGUCGAGGCGUCGGUUCAAAUGACUGCUUACGAGGUCCGGAAGCAGAUCAUCCGAUGCCAAGCGCUCGACAAGCCUGCGUACGGCCUCAAGUCUGAGAUCCGAAAUUUCGUCGGAAAAAUCGUUCGUUUCACCUGCGCGCCCGGAUACCGUCUUUACGGGCACGAAACCCGUCAGUGCAAAGAGACCGGUUUAUGGUCUUGGGGCGAACCGCCAGUUUGUAAAAGCAGUCGAGAUCAUGUGCUCGCGAUGAUCGGUAUCACCCUGGGGAUCCUUCUCCCAAUCGGUCUUCUGAUCUUUUGCUGCUUUUUGUGCUGCAAACCGCGUAGGGAGAAAGAGUACGACGAGUACAUAACGAGAGAAGUUGGAGAAGAGAAAAAAGCCUUCACCGAAAGAGAGCCCGAGGAGCCGAGAGACACUGCGGAACAGAAGAUGUGAAAUUCAUGCAUUUAGAGAACCUGCUUUGUAUAUAAGUAUCACCAGAAGAAUGGAAGGAUGUUCGUUUGAGAGCGAUCCCGAUCUUGAUUCCGAGGGAUAUUGCCAUAAUUUUAGAGUGUUUUUCUGCAUCAGUUUACAUGACAGAUCAAGUUUUUACCGAUCCUAACUGGUGCUGAUGUCCUCAUCUAGCCAGACCGAUCGAUCUAGGUGAGCGGCCUCGGGUCGCGACGCCUCUGAGAAAUUCUAGUCACUCUCAUUAAGGAGAGAGCCGCUGCGUUGAUCCGCCGCGAGCCCUCCAGAAAUAUUUGAGGUUUUACCGCGAUCCGAAGGAAGUGAUCGCAUUUCCUGCCUUUCGAAUCAAGGCCGAUCGAGUCGCACGGUCGCCCCGAAAGCAAGAAGAUUCUCCUGGAACGCAACAAUCGAUGAACUAUUUAUUCCACCCGGGUGACUGUUUGUAACUAAAGAAAAAUUGUGCAUCUAGAAAUUCACCUUAAAUCGAAUAAAAACAUCCCUGACAGUCAAGCUCCGCCAAUCUGGGCAGAUUCUCGUAGAAAGUCUUAUGAGCCGACAAUAAACCAAGCUGAGGAGAAGAAGGGAAACA